AUGAACGGUUAUAGCGUAGAACAACGUGUGCGUAUAAUUAAAUUUUAUUACCAAAAUCAGUGCUCCGUUAGUGAAACUUUCCGCGCAUUACUCGAUUUUUAUCCUCGAAUUUUGCGUCGAGACUUGGGUCUGCACCCGUAUGAAAUCCAACUAACACAAGGACUCAAGGUAAACGACCAUACACAACGUCGUGUAUUCGCUGAUUGGGUUCUGGGGCAGUUAGCAGUUGAUCCAAACUUCGCUAAAAAAAUAAUCUUUAGCGACGAGGCCCAUUUUUGGAUGAAUGGAUACGUUAACAAACAAAAUUGUCGGAUUUGGGAUGAUACCAAUCCACACAAGACACAAAAAAACAAAAUGCAUCCAGAAGAGAUCACUGUUUGGUGCGGAUUUUGGUCUGGCGGAAUCAUUGGUCCAUACUUCUUCCAAAACGAAACAGGCAUUGCCAUAACCGUCAACGGUGAGCGCUACAGAUCAAUGAUCAACAACUUUUUUUGGCCUAAGCUCUAUGAUAUGGAUACUGAGGACAUGUGGUUCCAGCAGGAUGGUGCUACGUGUCACACGGCGCGUGCAACGAUGGACAUUCUGCGUGAACGAUUUGAGGGCAUGGUGAUAUAUCACGCAAUGGUGACAUAA